AUGUCUUCCUACACACUUCGCUGGGGAAUCAUCUCCACUGGCAGUAUCAGCACUUCGUUCGUCGAGGACCUUCUCACGGAUCCCACCGACCGUAAAGUCAACGACGUCGCCCACGCAGUCACUGCCGUGGGAUCCCGCUCCCUCGAGUCUGCUCAAAAGUUCAUCGACAAAAUCAGCAGCACCUCCAAAGGCAAGUCCUGGGCUGCCGGCGUGAAUGACGGCCGGUUCAAGGACGUCAAGCCUUACGGUGACUACCAGGGCGUCUUUGACGAUGCUAACGUUGAUGCUGUAUACAUCGGUACUCCUCACAUUGUGCACCACCGUAACGCCAAGGAUGCCCUUCUCGCCGGCAAGCACGUUCUGUGCGAGAAGCCUUUCACACUCGACCGCGACGAGCUUGACGAGCUUAUUGCUAUCGCCAAGGAGAAAAAACUUUUUCUUAUGGAAGCCGUAUGGACCCGAUUCCAGCCCAUUGCCUAUGCCAUCGAGGAAGUCCUCAAGAGCGGCAAGCUUGGUAAGCCCAAGAGGUUCUGGGCUGACUUUUCCAUGGAUUGGGGACUUGAGUCUACACCCCACGACGCUUGGAUGAUGAAGCCCGAAUUCGGCGGUGGCAGUCUCCUUGACUCGUCCGCUUACCCCUCCGUUUGGGCCAUGCUUUGCGUCCACCGCCACCCCCUCAACACCAUCAAAGAGCCCAAAGUCGUUAAUACCCAUCAGACUCUAUACAAGCCCACCGGGGUCGACAAAAACUCCCGUUGGCUCGUCGAGUGGGACGGCUUUUGUCUUGCGGCUCUGACUACCGAUUUGGACAGCUCGGGAUUAAGGGAUGCUACCGCGGUUCUGCAGUGCGAGGAGGGUGAUCUUGUUAUUCCUUACCCUCCUUACAAACCCACCCAGUUCACGAUAAACCCCAAGCCCGACGGCUACCUCGGCUCAAUCACCGAGAAGACCACAUACGACUGCCCCCUCGCCCCCGGCGUCAAGGGUUGGGCAUACGAGGCUGAUGAAGUCGCGAGAUGUGUCAAGGCUGGGAAGCUGGAGAGCGAGAGGAUGCCUUGGGAGGAGAGUCAGAUUGUGCAGGGUUGGGUAGAUGAGGUCAGGAAGAAUGGGCCAAGCAAGAGUGCUGGGCUUAAGGGCACUGCAGGGCAGUAG